GUGGCGUAAUGAGAGGUUUACGUGGAGAAAGUAGAAAUGCAGGGUUGUGAGACAUUUGGGUAUUGUCUCACAAUGGCAAUUUUGCAAUUAAGUGGAUAAUAUAUUAAAACGGGGCUGGUUUUGGAGGGAAAAGAAACCGUUUAGCUAAAAAAUAAAACGGGGGGUCCUAAAAGAAUGAUAGUGACAUUUGAAUAAAAUACUAAUAUGCUGAGGGGGGGUCCUAAAAGAAUGAUAGUGACAUUAGAAUAAAAUAAUAAAAAAUGUGUACUUGUUGAAUAAUUUUCGGAAAAGCAAAAAAAUUAGUCUUCUUCUACCUUAUUUCUCCCAAACUCUAAAAGGCAAAAACUGUAGAAGAAAUAUCAGAAAAGUAUCUACGUUAGGCGAAUGCAAUGGUUGGAGAUGGUGUUACUCACGACGAAGCUGUCGUUAGUAACACCGGCGAUGAUGACGUAAUGAUGCUUGAUCUGGUGAAUGAUGGCGGAGGAGGAGGUCAGGUCGAAGAGGUGAAUGACGGUUCUGCUUUAAGGGAGUUGUUGAAAGGGGUUGUGGUUGGUGAAGAGUCUUAUAAGACUCCAAAGAAAGGUUUUAGUAGUGUUGCAAUAUCAGUUGAGAUAGAGGAGUUUGUUGAAGUGGAUGUUGGUCUUCCUCCUCCUUCAGUUGGGAUGGUUUUCCAGUCAUGGCAGGAACUUGAUGAAUAUUUUAGGGAAUAUGGGAAGCAAAAUGGAUUUGGUGUUAUUCGUACUAGUGCUUGUAAAGUAGGGAAAGGGCCUAAUGCCAAAAUGAGAAGGAAUUGUUUAUGGACAUGUGAGUGCUUUGGGUUGCCUGAUAGGAAGCGGAAGAAGGUGGAUGCUAGUCUAGUGACCGAUGCUCAGGUUGUGUGAGGAUGAAGCGGUUGGUGUGAAGAGGAGGAGUAAGAAAGUUGACUGUCCUGUGAAUGUGUAUGCUAAUGUUAAUGAACGUGGGGAAUGGGUUGUUUAGCGGGCAGAACUUAAGCAUUGUCGACACACACCGACUCCAGGAAAGGCUAAGAAUAUAAGUAGGUUGAGGAAGAAGUUUCUGGUGGAAAAUCCACAUGUUGUGAGGCAGCUUUUCAACGAGCGGCGAUGUGGGGUUCCCGUGGCAAAAAUAUAUAAUAAAAUGGCCAGGGAGCGUAACGGGGUGGAGAACAUGCCCUUUGCCCAGAAAGACCUUCAUGAGGAAGUGGCUAAGCUCAGGAAAAUAAAUUUUGAUGAAGGUGACGCUAAAGCAAUGUUUAGCUAUUUUCAAACUAUGGUUGAUGAUAACUCUGAUUUUUUCUACACUUAUCGAGUUGAUGAAGAGGGUAGGUUGAAGGAUGUUUUGUGGGUAGAUGCUAGGUGUCGCAUGGCAUAUGAGGAGUUUGGAGAUGUAGUUUGUUUUGACUCCACAUACUUGACUAAUGAGUACAAGUUACCAUUUUGCAACUUUGUGGGAGUUAACCACAAUGGUCAAACAAUUCUUUUUGGGUGCGCGCUUGUUAGGAGAGAGACUGUUGAGACCUUUGAGUGGGUUUAUAGCAAUUGGUUGCGGUGUAUGAACAACAAAACCCCGGUUGCAAUACUAACAGAUCAGGACCCUGCGAUGAGGAAAGCUUUGAAGACUACAAUGAAAGGGACCACACACAGGUGGUGUAUUUGGCAUAUAUUGCAAAAAUUCUCUACCAAGCUGGGAAAGCAUCCAAAUUAUCCCGAGUUGAAGGUAGACUUAGAGAGUGCUGUGUAUGAUAGUUUGGACAUUGAAGAGUUUGAACGACGGUGGGCAGAGGUGAUCAAGAAACACGAAUGUGAAACGGACGAGUGGUUGGAAGGUUUGUAGUUCUAAAAUAUGACUUUAAUGUUAUUAAUUAUUCCGACAUAAAAAGGAAUGUUGUAGUCGGGUUUUAUGCUUCUGUUUUUUAUGGGUUAAAUAUUGUAUGCUUCUACUAUUUAUUGUAAUUUAGGUUUUAAAAUAUUACUUAUGUUUAUGGUAGUAGUACUAUUAUUUAUGCUUUGUUGGUAUUAAUACUCUUCUGGUAUAAUGUUGUAAAAUAUUAUUUAUGCUUCUGCUGUAUUUACUAUUGUGUUAUACACAGAGGCCUAUUCCUGGUUUGGGUGUGUGUUAGACCAGGCCUUUUGGAUCAGUUCAGUUAAUGUGUUAUACAUGAGAUGUGUGUUGUUAUACAUGUAUUUUGUGCCAUUUAGUGUUUCUGUUAUUUUCCACUUAUUUGAAGUUU